GCUCUCGCUGGGCAUAAUAGAAAGCUAUGCAAGGGGAAACACUAUAAAUGUGACUUCAUAUGUCAGACGGCUUUUCUACUGCAUCCAGCUCAGGCUAUUGAAUAGUUCAGCAGAUUUACUAAGCGUGAUCCAAUGGAGCUGCGUGAUUAUCAGUGGGAGGUCAUUGGGCCUGCUUUGGAAGGAAAGAAUAUAAUCAUAUGGCUGCCAACAGGUGCUGGAAAGACUCGAGCAGCUGUCUAUGUUUGUAAGAAGCACUUGGAGAGUCAAGACAAGAACAAGGUGGUUGUGUUAGUCAACACAGUAUCUCUAGUCGACCAACAUCUGAAGAAUGAAUUCAGUUUCUUACAAAGUCAAUUCCAAAUUACCUCUGUUUAUGGUGAUAGUCUCCAGAAGCUAUUCUUCUCAGAUAUGGUAAAGAGCCAUGACUUGAUAAUUUGCACAGCCCAAAUCCUGUAUAAUGCCCUCAACAACCAAGAUGAGGAAAUGCAUGUGGAACUGACUGAUUUCUCUCUAUUGGUGGUUGAUGAGUGUCACCACACUCACAAAGGAACUGUUUAUAACAAGAUUAUGGAGGACUACUUGGACCGCAAGUUGAAAGGCCAACAGGGUUUACCUCAGAUUUUGGGUCUCACAGCCUCUCUAGGUACUGGAAGUUCAACUACCCUUGAAGCAGCUAAGGCCCACAUCCUUGAGAUCUGUGCUAACCUGGAUGCUGAAAGAAUUAUGUCAAUCAAUAAACAGAAUUCCUCUCUUGAUUGUCAUGUUCCAUGUCCCAAGAAACAGUACGAUCUGGCAGAACCAAGGUUGCAGGACCCAUUUGGAGAAAAGCUCCGGGAGAUAAUGACCCAGAUUUAUACUUACCUAAAUGUAUCUGACAUUACUGCGAACUUUGGUACCAAGUGCUUUGAGCAGCAAGUUGUGGAGCUUGAAAUGAAAGGAGCAAAAGAAUGUUGCCAAAAAACCCGAGUUUGUGCCCUGCAUCUGCGGAAAUACAAUGAUGCCCUGCUGACCAAUGAAACCGUGCGCAUGAUUGAUGCCUUCAAUAUGCUGGAUGAGUUUUACCAAAUAGAACAAGCUACUAAGAAAUUAACACAAGAAAGCGAACAGUAUCUUUUCCAGCUCUUUGAUGAGAACAGGUUGUCUUUCUUGGGCCUUGCUAAAGACAGUCGCUACGAGAAUCCCAAACUUGGCAAGCUGCAACAAGUCCUGCAAGACCAGUUCCAAGAACUGAAGAGCUCACGGGGCAUUGUGUUCACUUGGACACGCCAGAGUGCCUAUUCACUACAUGAGUGGGUCCUGGGCAAUCAGGCUUUGUGUGCACUUGGGAUCAAGUCUGAUGUUCUAACUGGGGUUGGCCCCAGCAGUCAGACAAAACACAUGACGCAGCAAGAACAACAAGACAUUAUCCAACGCUUCCGAAAAGGGCAACUCAACCUUCUUUUUUCCACCAGCGUGGCUGAGGAAGGGCUGGACAUUCCUGAGUGUAAUAUCAUAAUCCGUUACGGGCUAAUGACAAAUGAAAUUGCCAUGAUGCAGGCCAGAGGCCGUGCCCGUGCCCCAAACAGCAUCUGUUCCAUUUUGGCCAAGACCAACAGCAAGGAGGUAGCCCGUGAGAGGCUUAAUGAAACUUUGGAGAUCCUAAUGGAGAGUGCCAUAAAAUGGGUGCAGGAGAUGCCUGAGAAAGAAUACCACCAAAAGAUUGCAAAAUUGCAGCAUGAAGGCAUGAUCAGCAGGAAAUUGCGGGAUAUCAAACUUGAGCAGCAGCGCCAGCUACACGAUCCAGAUAGUGUACUUUUCUGUUGCCUAAACUGCAACCUGGCCGUCUGCCGUGCAAGUGACCUGCGCAAAAUAGAGAAUAUGCACCACAUCAACAUUAAUCCCAACUUCAGCCUCUAUUACAAAAAGUCACAAGUUUGUGUGGAAAUUUCCCGCAAAUUCAAAGACUGGAAGCUAGGCAAUUCCAUCAGUUGUGAGAAAUGCGGGCAGAUUUGGGGAGUGGAAAUGGUCCACCGGGAUUUCAUACUUCCAAUGUUGGCCAUUAAAAAUUUUGUGGUGGAAACUCCCAAUGGCCGCCAGAAAACCAGAAAAUGGAGCAAAGUUACUUUUGAAAUCAAGGCCUUUGAUUAUACUGAAUAUUGUAACAUUACUUUUUAAACUCGAUACACAACACUUGGCGGUUAAAUGAAAAAGAAUUCAAAAUAAUGGAAUGUGCCGCUUUUGGCUAAUAAAUAUAGUACAUCUUCUUUAUCUAAUGAAAAUUAAGCAACCCCACUGAAUGAAUGCUGAUUCAAAAUAAUUUGAAGUAGGCCUGCUGAACCUCUUCACUAAUUCCAACCCUGAAUGCUGGGGGCUUCUUUCUUCUUUGACUGUAUUUGUGGGCUGUCUUGUCCCAAAAUAAAUGUUUGCAAUGGGUGAAGGUACCCGGCUGUAUAAUUAUUCUUCUUGUAUUAA